CGACCCUAACCCCAGUAUAUAUAAACGAUACUAGCUGCUCUAAAGUUAAAGAUCAUAAGUUGUUCGAAAACAAUAUCAUCAUAUACACAUAUUCAAUUUAGCAAUGGCUGGUGAUGUCCCAAAGAGGCCAUCUUAUGCUAUAGAAGACGACACACCUAGUGCUAAAAGAAAGCAACUUGAUAAUCAAAUGCGAGUGUUUGUUAGUGAUGGAGUACACAGCGAGGGAAUUGGUGAUUUUGGAAUGAUACAACUUGAUGAAAGAUCAGAUAGGAUCAGCAACUUGCCACAAGAACUAGUACACUGUAUCUUGGAGCGUUUGUCGGUUCACGAUGCAGCAAGAACAAGUGUUCUGUCAAAAGAAUGGAGGUGUAAAUGGGGAAUGAAAAACAAUCUAGUCCUCGAUAAGUUGUUUUUCUUGCAACUUACUGCUAAUAAAGACAAAGACACGCAUCAGUCUGCCUUUUCGAGGGCUGUUGAGAUGAUUAUAUUGGCUCAUGCUGGACCUUUAUUGAGCUUAAAUCUCUUCAUUCCUCCAAAACUUGAUCAGUUUACUGUUUCUCGGUGGCUUGAUCACUUUCUCAAUAAAAAGGUUAAGGUCUUGGAGAUCUUUUUUUCAGAAAAGAAUGCCUGUGAAAUUCCUUUGUUCACUUGUGAAGGGUUGGUUGAGUUCAAGCUCACUACAGGGACACUAACUGCAUCACCUAAACUUGGAAGCUUUGAUAAUCUAAGAAGGGUUGAACUUAUCGAUGUCUCAAUUACUGCUGACAUCUCAUUUGGGUCUCAACUGAAGGAAUUGCUACUGUAUGGCUGUACUGGAAUUCACAAUUUGGGCUGCCAAUUUACCAAUUCCAACAACCUCACAUAUUUUAUCUUGUACAAAAGUGAACAAAUUGAGUGGCAAUGGUUUAAAUGCACCAAACAAUUGAAAUUCUUAGGUCUCGCACUGACAACAGUAAAUCCCAACACGAGGAUGCCCGUCGAUUUGAUCAAGCUUCUUGGCGAUACACCUAGCAUCAGUCAUCUUUAUGUUAAUGGUUACACUGUCGAGGUUUUGGGACAACCAUUUUAUCCGACGUUGAAGGGAGUUGCACCACGAAUAGAGAUCCUUAGGUUACUUGGACUUCAAUUUAAAAAUGUUUGUCAACUUUACAAUUCUCUUAGCUUGAUCAGAUGUUUGUCCAACCUGCGGGUUCUUAUGAUUGAACUGAAACCUGGAACAAGGAGUUUGGACCCAACAGUUGGACAAAGAAUGGAAAAGCCUUGCUGGAAGGACGUGUUACUACACCAACUACAUACUUUGACAAUUCUUGAUGUGGUGGUUGACACAAGAGUUCUCUCUUUGAUAAAGACUUUGCUUGCAGUUUCCCCGUCGCUCAAGAAGAUAUUCUUUCACUUCAGCAAUGUAAAAGCCGAUGCCUAUGCAGAGAUGUCGAAAAUUAAAAAAUUGUUUCGACAGUGCCCCAGAAAGUCCUUGUCAGCAAAGAUUUAUCUAUCCUUCCAAAAUCCCCGAAAUAUAGUAACCCAACCCAAUAGAUAUUCCUCGCAUUUGGGAGCAUUAUGGUUUGAGUUGCACUGAUUACAGACUAGUGCUUGCAUGAGAAUUAAAAUUCUUAUAAUCAAUUCAGGUUUAGAAUACCGUUACCUAGCGUCGUUACCUGUAAUAGUAUCAAGUCAGAAAUCUUCAAAUGCGGAUCAGCCUUGGCUCUGCAAUCCUGCAUUUAGAACUUGUUAAUAGAAAAAGUUUGGAAUUCAAUGUGAGCUCUUAAGAUUUAA